CGCCGCUGUCCGGCUUGUUUUGGUCCGCCAUGUUUGCAGGUCAGGGUGCUCCCCGCUGCAGCAGAGCUCCUCUGGGUCCUGCUGCCCGCCGGCUUCAAGUCAUUAAAGGUUUGCUGAAACAAAAUGAGGCUUUCAGUCAUCCUUUUUCUCAUUGCCAUCUCCACGGUGUUGGCCGGGAGUGUUACCAUUAAAUCUUUGGUGUUCCCCACUGAGACUAGUACCAGUUAUGUUGGGAUGGUCCCGAAGAAACCCAUGACCCUGAAUGCUUUCACUCUGUGCAUGCGAGUGGCCACAGAGCUCCCCGGUGAACGUGAGACCAUCCUCUUUGCGUACCGGACCAGAGACUACGAUGAGCUGAAUGUGUGGCGUGAGCUGGACGGCAGAUUGUCUUUCGCCCUGGCUGGAGGCACUGUUAUGUUCCAAGUCCCUCCUUUCAGUGCCCUGCAGUCCCACCUGUGUAUCACCUGGGAUUCCAGUUCAGGUGCAUCUACCGUCUUCAUGGACGGGAAGAAAAGCCUGACCAAAACUUACAAGCAGGGUCACACAAUUCAACCCAAUGGCAAGGUUAUCAUCGGACAAGAUCCAGACAAUUACCUGGGUGAAUUUGACGCCAAGCAGAGUUUUGUUGGGGAGAUGUGUGAUAUUAACAUGUGGGACUCUGUCCUCUCGGACAGGACGAUCAAUGACCUGUUCACCGGGAAGAGAGUCCCAAGAGGAAACGUUUUCGACUGGGAAACAGCUGAGUUUGAAGUUAAAGGGCAGGUGCAGGUUGUUGAUCGUGAGCUUUAGCUGUAAUGAACAAAAUGCAGGUCAGUGCACCAAUAAAAACCUGAAAAGUGA